CAAGGACACAACGACCGAGACUGUCCAAGCCGGGGCUCGAACCAGCAACCUUCCGAUUACAAGGCGAACUCCCAACUCUUGAGCCACGAAGUUGCAUAAGUUGGGUAUUGGUGGCAGGACAUUCACUUGGAUCCAAGAUUUUUUAUCUGGUAGUGCGAAUUGGGUCUACAAUUUCUAGUCAGUGCACGGUUGAGAAUGGGACGCCACAGGGCAGUGCGAUUAGUCCCCUGCUUUUUGUUAUAAUGAUCAAUGAUGUUUUUUCUGAUGUUCCUGAGGGUAUUGGGAGGUCUUUGUUCGCUGAUGAUGGUGUGUUAUGGAAAAAAGGAAGAAAUAUUGAGCACCUAGUGGGCAAGGUUCAGGAGGCUGUAAAUAUGGUGGUUGAGUGGGGAUUUGACUGGGGAUUCAGGUUUUCGGUGGAAAAAACAAAAAUGAUGUUCUUUACCAAAAGAACAGUGAGUGAGACUUUGCAACUGAAACUGUAUGACAAGGUAAUUGGGAAAGUGAGCUCUUUUAAGUACUUAGGUGUUGUGUUUGAUUCAAGACUGACAUGGAGGGAGCAUAUUGACCGGAUUGAAACCAAAUGUAAAAAAGUUGUUAAUGUUAUGAGGUGUGUAGCUGGGAGGGGUUGGGGAGCAAGCUCUUCUGCUUUGAAAAGACUUUACCAGGCAUUAAUUAGAUCUGUCUUCGAUUAUGGGUGUGUGGCAUAUGGUUCAGCAGCUCGUUCUGUGUUGAGACGUUUGGAUGUUCUGCAAUCGGAAGCCCUUAGAGUGUGCUGUGGAGCUUUUAAAACGUCUCCAGUCAGUUCCCUACAGGUGGAGAUGGGAGAAAUGCCCCUGGAUCUUAGGAGGAAGCAAGUAUCAGUGAAUUACUGGGUUCAUCUUGGUGGGCAUGGUGACGCACAUCCUACAAAGGAGGUACGUUUGGAGUGCUGGGAGUAUGGAAGAAGUCAGAAGGAUCAUUUUGGAAAGGUAGGGAAUCAGUGGGCUAAGGAGUGUCAUGUGUAUGAACUUAAAAUCUGUCCUGCAGUAGUGUUCCCUGUGGUUCCUCCAUGGUUAUUGGAGACCCCUCCUGUGGACUGGUACUUGCUGGAUCUGAAGAGGAAAUUGAAAGGAAGAGUCGAUCUUGUUUCAGCAUUUCAUUUUCACAGCUUGAAUGAAUACCCUGGAUGUAUUCAUGUGUUCACGGAUGGUGCUAAAAGUCCAGAUACUGGAAUUACAGGGUUUGGAAUAGCAGUUCCGUCAAAAAAUAUUGAAAUAAACAGACGCACUUCGGAUGGACUGGCAGUGUACACGGUUGAAAUGGUAGCAAUUUUGGUAGCAUUGAAAUGGAUAGAGUGUUCAAAACUCAGGCAGGUGGUAGUAUGUUCUGACUCAGCAGCUGUUCUUUCAAGUCUACAAUCAUUUUGUUCGAAGACAAGGCAGGGUAUGCUGUUUACUAUUCUGGAGACUAUAAGCAGAAUAAGGUGUUGUGGUGGCAAUGUUCACUUUCUUUGGGUGCCAGCUCAUGUAGGAAUCAGUGGAAAUGAAAAGGUGGAUAGGUUGGCAAAAGGAGCGUUGGCUAAACAUAGGACUGAGAUGGAAAUUAAAAGCAGCGGAUCUGAAGCAAAAGGUAUUGUUUGGAGGCAGGUUGUUCAGGAGUAGCAGGAGCGGUGGGAUUCAGGGAGUAAGGGCAGGCACUUGUAUCAUUUUAAGAAGGAGGUGGCAGGGUGUAGGUUGUAUAGGGGUAAUAGGAGAGAAAAGGUGGUCAUUACCAGGCUUAGACUGGGACAUUGUGCAUUAAAUAAAACACUACAGAUGAUAGGAAAACAUGAGACGGGGCUUUGUGGAGUGUGCCAGGAGGAGGAGGAGACGGUAGAGCAUGUAAUACUGCGGUGCAAGGGUUAUGAUGUGGAGAGGAAAGUUCUGCAGACUAGAUUGAAGGAGCGGGGAAUUGGGGAAUUUAAUCUGAAGAGUGUGUUGGAGGGUAGUAGGGCACAGAUUGUAAGCUCACUGUCUGACCCAUACUCCGGAACAGUAGGAGGCGGUAAUGCUCCUUUACAUUGGUUGCCAACCGCCGUUAAACACAAAGAAGAAGAAGAAGGCCUCAGAGGUUGUGUAAGAGAAUAUUGGGAGCAACAGCACCAUGAAGUCCAAAGAACACACCAGACA